AUGAUGAAAUUAUAUCAGAUUCUGCAAACGUACGAAAUCAAAUUGACACAGGUUGUUACGGAAGAACUGUUCAGCUUAUUAAAUUUGCCAAAUGAUGAAGCAAUAGAAAUAUGUGAUGAAAAUAAAUCGGAAAAUCCAAAUUUAGAAGACCUAAGCUGGGAUGCUUUGGAAAAUUUGGUUGGUUUUAUUGCAUUCAAACCACGAAAAAAAGAAAAGCUUAGCUAUAUUCCAGACUGUAACGAGCCUUCAUUUUCUUGGAUUAUUCAUUUAAGUGAAAGUGCUGAAAGCAAACCAUUUGCUGAUUCCGAAUCUUCUUACCAGCCUUCAGAUAAUCAAGAAAGGGAUGACGAUAAUCCUGCUGACGAAAGUGAUCACGAUAAUCCUGCUGGAAAGCGAUGA